CUUUUCUUUGUGUUAUCACGUUUAGUGUGAAUUUUCUCGAUUUUUUUUUAAAUUUUGUAGCGAAGGAAAUGGCAUCGGUGCAGUACUUGUACCACUACACGAGCACAGCUGGAGCCAAUGGAAUUCGGAAUGACGGAUUAAUACGAUCUCAGAGUGGAAUUAUAUUAUCAACCCUUAAACCGGAAGAUCACAGUCGCGAUGACAUUCUGCAAAACAUUUACGGCCGCCGAAUUCCAUCCAAUGCACGAAAUAAAGCCGACAAUGUUGUCCUUGUCAAAAUGUCCAUUCUGGACACUUCAAAGCUGAAUUCAAUAACAGCCACGUUGUAUCGAUACUCAGCGGAAAUACGUGUGAGUGCCAAUGAUGUAAUAGACAAACCUCGAUGCGUUAGUGGCGGAAGCGGUAGUGGUUGGGGUGGUUCGCCACAAAACUCCCAAUGGUUGUAUUACUACACAAAUAAAGUAAACGCUACUUCGAUCAUGCGAACGGGAAGCAUUCCAUACCAAUCAACUAUCUACUUGGUAUCAAUGGAACCGGAGAGACAUUACCGAAAUGAGAUUCUCGACGCAAUUUAUGGGAAAAGAUACGAUCGGACCCAGCACGCGACGUGUGCCGAUUGGUGUAUCAAAGUUGAUCGCUCGAAACUGGAUGUGAACAAGCUGCAGAAAAAUGGCACAGUGUACGAGUACGGUGCUUCUAUAUCGAUUAAUCCGGCUCAUGUUAUGGACAAGCCGCAGUGUAAUAAGCAUGGAUCUAACAAUGCGUGGGGUGGUACAGAUGAGUAUCUCUAUCACUACACAAACACUACAGGCGCUCAAGCGAUCAAGGCUGCCGGUUAUCUAAAAAUGAGUGGCUCUUCUGGUGCCUUCGGUGUCGGAGUCUACAUGACGAAUUUAAGACCAAACGAUUUCUUUCGCGAUGACAUUCUAAAAAACAACUACGGCGGAAUAAAUUCGGCAUUUAAGGGGCGCGCCGAUUGGGUAGUGAGAGUGAAGAGGAGCAAUUUGGUUCAAAGUAAAUUGAAAAGUGUUGGUUCAAAUGUGACCAGAGAUGGAUCCAGGCAGAUAUUCGUGUAUCAAGAUACGAUUGUCGUACAAAGCUCCGAUGUCUUUGAUAAGCCGAAAUGCUACAGAGCGAAAUGAUUUUUUUUUAAUGUUUGGUCGAUGGACAUUUUCAUUUGCAAUACAAUAAACAAAA